AUGUCGAACCCCGUCGUCUUUUUCGAUAUGACCAUCGGUGGCGCGCCGGCCGGCCGCAUCGAGAUGACGCUCCGCGCCGACGUCGUCCCAAAGACGGCGGAGAACUUCCGCGCGCUCUGCACGGGCGAGAAGGGCCAGGGGAAGAGCGGCAAGCCGCUCCACUUCAAGGGCUCCUCCUUCCACCGCGUCAUCACCAACUUCAUGUGCCAGGGCGGCGACUUCACGGCGGGCAACGGCACCGGCGGCGAGUCCAUCUACGGCGCCAAGUUUGCCGACGAGAACUUCCAGCUCAAGCACACCGGCCCGGGCAUCCUCUCGAUGGCCAACGCCGGCCCGGGCACCAACGGCUCCCAGUUCUUCCUCUGCACCGUCAAGACGGACUGGCUCGACGGCAAGCACGUCGUCUUUGGCUCCGUCACCAAGGGCAUGGAGGUGGUCAAGGCGAUCGAGGCGGUCGGCUCGCAGUCGGGCCAGACGGCCAAGAAGGUGGUGAUCGCCGACUGCGGCCAGAUCUCGUAG